GCUGGUGCCGGAGGGGGCGACCACGCACAGCCGCGUCCCCGCUCCAAACUCGUAAAUUGUGAAUCGUGAGGGGCCGCGCAGCGUGUCACUCCCCGGCACAUCAGCUGGCGCCGCACCUCGUCUCGCGCCGCGUCCGGGGACUCUUUGCCCAUUAUUUCCCCCCGAAGGAUUCUCUGCGCGUCGUUCAAUUAGGUCGGUGCGCGUUAAUGGGCAUCUUUGGACGGCUGCCUCGCUCAUCGCUGUGAGCAGCGGCGGCAGCAGCACCUUGGAGCAGCAGCAGCAGCGGGAGGAGGAGGAGGAGGAGGAUUUUUCCUGCCGUACCGUGUCGUGCACCGUGGAAAUAACACUCGCCUGCUCUGGGUACUAUCAAAACGACAGGGAGGGACGACGGAGACGGAGUGGACGCACAAAAGGUUCUAGCGUGGGUGACUGGUCGAGAACACGGGCCUGCUACGUUGGAUGAGUCUUCACUAUGCAUCACUCAGACUAGACCGGCCGGCGGAGCACAUUUGAUGGUAAACGUGUGCGCGUGGAGGAAGCCAUGGAAGUGAAGGAACGCAGACCCUACCGCUCGCUGACGGCCCGGCAGGACGCGGAGCGGCGCUACACCAGCUCCUCGGCCGACAGCGAGGACGGAAAGGCCAACCCCAAGUCCUACAGCUCCAGCGAGACGCUGAAGGCCUUCGACCACGACUCCAGGAUGGCCUACGGCAGCCGCGUCAAGGAGAUGGUCCACCACGAAGUGGAUGAGUUCAGCCGGCAAGGCGCAGACUUCUCCCUCCGAGACCUCGGCUUCGGGGAGGGCCUCCCGUCCCACGUGGCCUCGUACCGGGCCGAGCUGGGGCUGCACAACCGCGACUACUCGGUCAGCGUGGGCUCGGACGCGGACACGGAGACGGACGGCGUCAUGUCGCCGGAGCACGCGGUCCGAUUGUGGGGCCGCAGCAACACCAAGUCGGGCCGCAGCUCGUGCCUCUCCAGCAGAGCCAACUCCAACCUCACGCUCACGGACACGGAGCACGAGAACACAGAGAACGGUCCUCCACUGCAUUGUUCAUCCGCCUCCUCCUCCCCUGCUGAGCAGCUCCCAUACCCUCCCCCUUCCAUUGCAGCCAAUCAGAGCCAGGGAGGGUUGCUAGGUAACUGUGCGGCUCAGCCAGCCCAGGACUCUGACUCUGAGGAUGAGUUUGGCCCCAAUUCAUUCUUAGUUAAAACUGGCUCAGGGAACCUGUAUGCUCCUGCCACUGCAGCUGCCGAUGACGCAGCUUUUCAGAACCACUCCCGGCUGCGGACGCCUCCUCUGCCGCUCUCCCACUCCCACUCGCCCAAUCACCAGCACCAUGCGGCCUCCAUCAACUCCUUGAACCGGGGCAACUACACUCCGCGGAGCAACCCGAGCCCGGCGCCCACGGACGGCUCCGCCCCCCCCGAGGGCCCGGCCGGCGGCCCGGAUUCUGGCGGCGCGCAGGACAACUGGUUACUGAACAGCAACAUCCCCCUGGAAACAAGGAGCCAGAAUACACUAAUGUAUAUGAGAGAAGAGGCAGACGCUUGCAGAGAAGGGCAGGGCUCGUACAAAACCAGAAACAUAGCAAAGCAGACAUUCCUAGAGACUUUUCAGGAGAACCUCAUUGAGAUGGACAUUCUGGCAUCCGCGCGCCACGAGGCGUCGUUCAGCGACGGGCACUUCCUGUUCAAACCAGGUGGAACGUCUCCAAUGUAUUGCACAACAUCACCGGGAUACCCUUUGACCUCCAGCACCGUGUACUCACCGCCGCCGCGCCCCCUGCCUCGCAACACGUUCUCGCGACCUGCCUUCAGCCUGAAGAAACCCUACAAGCACUGCAACUGGAAGUGCGCCGCUCUCAGUGCCAUUCUCAUCUCGGUGACGCUGCUGUUCCUCCUGGCCUACUUCAUUGCCAUGCACCUCUUUGGAUUAAACUGGCACCUGCAGCCGAUGCAGAGGCAGAUGUACCAGCUGUCAGAGGACAAUACCAGUGGCCUACCUUUUCCCACUGACCUGAGCUUCCCCCCAUUAGGGAACACGGGGCUGGAAAUACCAGAUCGCAAAGGAAAAGACGACAGCAAAUUGGACAGCUUGUUCCCAGAUGACAGCUAUAUAGAUAUGGGAGAGAUUGACGUGGGGCGCAAAGUCGCGCAGCAGAUCCCUCCUGGUAUCUUCUGGAGGUCUCAAGUCUUCAUCGAUCAUCCCAUGUACCUGAAAUUCAAUGUGUCCCUCAGCAAAGAUGCCUUAGUGGGGGUCUAUGGCAGGAGAGGUUUACCUCCAUCUCACACACAGUUUGACUUUGUGGAGCUGCUGGACGGGCGACGCCUCCUGGCGCAGGACAGCCCGGGCCUGGAGGGGCCCGUGGGCAUGCAGCGCAGCCUCGUACCCAUCACCACGCACGACACGGGCUUCAUCCAGUACAUGGACUCGGGCAUCUGGCACCUGGCCAUCUACAACGACGGGAAAGAGACCGAGACCGUCUCCUUCCUCACCACCGCCAUAGACUCAAUUGAUGACUGUCCCAGUAACUGCUUUGGAAACGGCGACUGCGUCUCUGGAACCUGCCACUGCUUCUUAGGAUUCAAAGGACCCGACUGUGGGCGAGCGGCCUGUCCGGUGCUGUGCAGCGGGAACGGUCAAUACCUCAAAGGUCGCUGCAUGUGUCACAGCGGCUGGAAGGGCUCCGAGUGCGACGUUCCCACCAACCAGUGCAUCGACAUCACGUGCAGUAACCAUGGCACCUGUAUCGUUGGAACCUGCAUCUGCAACCCGGGCUACAAAGGGGAAAAUUGUGAAGAAGUGGACUGUCUGGACCCGACCUGCUCGGGCCGAGGCGUGUGCGUGCAGGGGGAGUGCCACUGCUUCGUGGGCUGGGGCGGGCCGGGCUGCGAGAGCCCCCGCGCCUCCUGCAUGGACCAGUGCUCUGGACACGGAGCCUUCCUGGCAGAUACCGGAACCUGCAGCUGUGAUCCCAACUGGACGGGCCACGACUGUUCUACAGAGAUUUGUGCAGCGGACUGUGGUGGACACGGCGUUUGUGUGUCCGGCAGCUGCCGCUGCGACGACGGCUGGACGGGCGCCGGCUGUGACCAGAGGGCGUGUCACCCGCGCUGCAAUGAACAUGGCACAUGCAAGGACGGCAAGUGUGAAUGCAGCCCGGGCUGGAACGGAGAACACUGCACUAUUGCUCACUAUCUGGAUAAGGUAGUGAAAGAGGGCUGUCCCGGUUUGUGCAAUGGAAAUGGUAGGUGCACUCUGGGUAACAACGGCUGGUACUGUGUGUGCCAGCUGGGCUGGAGGGGCACUGGCUGCGACACCUCCAUGGAAACCGCCUGCAGCGAUGUCAAGGACAACGACGGAGACGGCCUGGUUGACUGCAUGGAUCCAGACUGCUGUCUGCAGGCGACCUGUCACACCACGGCUUUGUGCUUGGGCUCCCCGGACCCCCUGGACAUCAUCCAAGAGACUCAGAUGUCUUCUGCACAGAGCAACCUGCAGACAUUCUAUGACCGAGUGCACUUCCUCGUGGGCAGGGACAGCACCCACGUCGUUCCCGGAGCCAACCCCUUCGACGGCAACCAUGCUUGUGUCAUUCGUGGGCAAGUGGUGACCUCGGACGGAACGCCGCUGGUUGGAGUCAACAUCAGCUUCAUCAACAACCCCGCCUUCGGCUACACCAUCACCAGGCAGGAUGGGAGUUUCGACUUGGUGACCAAUGGGGGCAUAGCUGUAGCUCUCCGUUUUGAGCGCGCGCCAUUCAUCACCCAGGAGCACACUCUCUGGUUGCCAUGGGGACGCUUCUUCGUGAUGGAUACCAUUGUUAUGCGGCACGAGGAGAAUGACAUCCCUAGCUGUGACCUCAGCAGCUUUACGAGGCCCAGCCCAGUGGUUUCCCCAGCUCCUCUCACCGCCUUCGCCGGCUCCUGCACCGAACGGGGAACCAUCGUACCCGAGAUCCAGUCUCUGCAGGAGGAAGUGUCUAUACCAGGGACGGAUAUGAAACUGGGCUAUUUAAGCAGCAGGACCCCAGGUUACAAGUCAAUAAUGAGGGUGACCCUCACCCACUCCACCAUCCCAUUCAACUUGAUGAAAGUCCACUUCACGGUGGCGGUGGAAGGCAGACUGUUCAGGAAGUGGUUUCCCGCAGCUCCUAACCUCUCGUAUGACUUUGUGUGGGACAAAACUGAUGUCUACAGUCAAAAGGUCUACGGCUUGUCUGAAGCCUUUGUGUCUGUGGGUUUCGAGUAUGAGUCAUGUCCAGAUUUCAUUCUCUGGGAGAAGAGAACGGCUGUUCUGCAGGGCUAUGAAAUCACUGCCUCCAAGCUGGGAGGAUGGACCGUAGACAAGCACCACGCUUUAAAUAUCCAGAGUGGUAUUCUUCACAUGGGCAACGGGGAGAACGUCUUCAUCUCUCAGCAGCCCCCUGUAAUUGGGAGCGUGAUGGGGAACGGGCGCAGACGCAGCAUCUCCUGCCCCAGCUGCAACGGCCUCGCUGAUGGAAACAAGCUGCUGGCGCCGGUGGCGCUGGCUUGCGGCUCCGACGGCAGCCUGUAUGUGGGCGACUUCAACUACGUGCGGCGGAUUUUCACCACAGGGAACGUCACCAGCGUCCUGGAGCUCAGAAAUAAAGACUUCAGGCAUAGCAACAGCCCCGCUCACAAGUACUACCUGGCCACCAGUCCGGUGAACGGCGCCGUGUACCUUUCCGACACCAGCAGCAGGAAGGUGUUCAAGGUGAAGUCCCUCAACGCCGUGAAGGAUGUGGCCAAGAAUCUGGAGCUGGUGGCCGGCACCGGAGACCAGUGCCUCCCGUACGAUGACACGCGCUGUGGGGACGGUGGGAAGGCUGCGGAGGCCACUCUGACUAACCCCAGAGGCAUCACGGUGGAUAAGUACGGCGUCAUCUUCUUCGUGGACGGGACCAUGAUUCGCAGGAUUGAUCAGAACGGCAUCAUCUCCACUCUCCUGGGCUUCAACGACCUGACCUCCGCCCGACCUCUCAGCUGCGACGCUGUGAUGGACAUCGCUCAGGUGCGACUUGAGUGGCCCACAGACCUUGCAGUGAGCCCCAUGGACAACUCCCUGUAUGUGCUGGACAACAAUGUGGUGCUCCAGAUCUCAGAAAACCAUCAGGUCCGCAUUGUUGCUGGUCGACCGAUGCACUGCCAAGUCCCUGGCAUUGACCACUUCCUCAUGAGCAAAGUGGCCAUCCACGCCACGCUGGAGUCGGCCAAUGCCCUCGCUGUGUCCCACAACGGCAUCCUAUACAUCGCUGAGUCAGACGAGAAGAAGAUAAACAGAGUGCGACAGGUGUCCACCAACGGAGAGAUCUCCCUGGUUGCAGGAGCACCGAGUGGUUGUGACUGCAAAAACGAUGCCAACUGUGACUGUUACUCUGGAGACGAGGGCUACGCCAAGGACGCCAAGCUGAACGCGCCCUCCUCCCUGGCUGUGUGUCCGGACGGGGAGCUUUUCAUCGCCGAUCUGGGCAACAUUCGCAUCCGCUACGUGCGCAAAAACAAGCCCUACCUGAAUCCGCUAAACAUGUACGAGGUGUCCUCCCCCAUCAACGAUGAGCUCUAUUUAUUCGACUCCAACGGGAGCCACAUAUUCACGCAAAGUCUGACCACGGGCGACCACCUGUACAAUCUGACGUACACCGGGGUGGGGGACGUGAGCAGCAUCACCGAUAAGAACAAGAACACGGUGAUCAUCCGCAGAGACACCACAGGGAUGCCUCUGUGGCUCAUGGUCCCCGACGGACAGACGUUCUGGUUCACGAUUGGCACCAACAGCGCCCUGAAAACUGUCGCUGCACAGGGACAAGAAUUAGCCCUGAUGACCUACCACGGAAGCUCAGGACUUCUGGCAACGAAGACCAAUGAAAAUGGAUGGACAACCUUCUUUGAGUACGACAGCUACGGGCGUCUCACCAACGUCACCCACCCCACGGGCCGCGUGAGCAGCUACCGCAGCGACGCCGACAGCGCGGUGCGCAUCCAGACGGAGGGCUCCAACAAAGAGGACAUCACCGUCACCACCAACCUGUCGGCCUCUGGCACCUUCUACACGCUUAUGCAGGAUCAAGUGCGGAACAGCUACUUCAUCGGCCUGGACGGCUCGCUGCGGCUGGUGCUGGCCAACGGCAUGGAGGUGUCCUUGCACACGGAGCCCCACCUGCUGGCCGGCACCGUCAACCCCACCGUCAGCAGGAGGAACGUGACCCUGGCCAUCGAUAACGGCCUCAACCUGGUGGAGUGGAGGCAGAGGAAGGAGCAGGCCCGUGGCCAGGUCACCGUUUACGGGCGCAGAUUGAGGGUCCAUAACAGGAACCUUCUCUCCUUGGACUUCGACCGCAUCACGCGAACGGAGAAGGUCUACGACGACCACAGGAAGUUCACGCUGCGCAUUCAGUACGACGACGCCGGGCGCCCCACGCUGUGGGCGCCGAGCAGCCGCCUGAACGGCGUCAACGUCACCUACUCCCCUGGAGGCCACGUGGCGGGCAUCCAGAGGGGCACCAUGUCCGUGCGCAUGGAGUACGACCAGAACGGCAGAAUCACCUCCCAGAUCUUCGCUGACGGCAAGUACUGGAGCUACACGUACCUUGAGAAGUCCAUGGUGCUGCUGCUGUACAGCCAGAGGCAGUACAUCUUUGAGUUUGACAAAAACGACAGGCUCUCCUCCGUCACCAUGCCCAACGUGGCCCGGCAGACCCUGGACACCUCCCGCUCCAUUGGCUACUACAGGAACACCUACCGGCCCCCUGAAGGCAACGCCUCGGUGCUGCAGGACUACAGCGAGGACGGCCAGCUGCUGCAGACCACCCACCUGGGCACCGGCCGCCGGGUCAUCUACAAGUACGGCAAGCUCUCCAAACUGCUGGAGAUCCUGUACGACACCACGCGCAUCGGGUUCUCCUACGACGAGGUGGCCGGCAUGCUGAAGACGGUCAACCUGCAGAGUGAGGGCUUCACCUGCACCAUUCGCUACCGUCAGAUCGGGCCCCUGAUCGACAGGCAGAUUUUCAGGUUCAGUGAGGAGGGCAUGGUCAACGCCAGGUUCGACUACGUCUACGACAACAGCUUCCGCGUGACCAGCAUGCAGGCUGUCAUCAAUGAGACGCCGCUGCCCAUUGACCUGUAUCGCUACGACGACGUGUCUGGUAAAACGGAGCAGUUUGGGAAAUUCGGAGUCAUCUAUUAUGACAUAAAUCAGAUUAUCACCACCGCCGUGAUGACCCACACCAAGCACUUUGACGCCUACGGACGCGUGAAGGAGGUACAAUACGAGAUCUUUCGCUCGCUCAUGUACUGGAUGAUGGUGCAGUACGACAACAUGGGCCGAGUCGUGGCCAAGGAGCUGAAAGUGGGGCCUUACGCCAACACCACGCGCUACACGUACGAGUACGACGCCGACGGACAACUGCAGGUGGUCUCCAUCAACGACAAGCCUCUGUGGAGGUACAGCUACGACCUCAACGGCAACCUGCACCUCCUCAGCCCCGGGAACAGCGCCCGCCUCACGCCGCUGCGAUACGACAUCCGGGACCGCAUCACGCGCCUGGGGGACGUGCAGUACCGCAUGGACGAGGACGGGUUCCUCCGGCAACGGGGCAACGAGUACUUCGAGUACAACUCGGCCGGCCUGCUGGUCAAAGUCUACAGCAGAGCCAACGGCUGGAGCAUCAGAUAUCGCUACGACGGCCUCGGCCGCAGGGUGUCCAGCAGGAACAGCAUCGGCCACCACCUGCAGUUCUUCUACGCUGACCUGUCCAGCCCCACCCGCGUCACGCACAUGUACAACCACUCCAGCUCCGAGAUAACCUCCCUGUACUACGACCUGCAGGGUCACCUCUUCGCCAUGGAGCUGAGCAGCGGGGACGAGUUCUACGUGGCCUGCGAUAACAUCGGAACCCCGCUGGCCGUGUUCAGCGGCUCGGGCCUCAUGAUCAAGCAGAUCCUGCACACGGCGUUCGGGGAGGUGUACCUCGACACCAACCCCGCCUUCCAGCUGGUCAUCGGCUACCAGGGCGGCCUGUACGAGCCGCUCAGCAAGCUGGUGCACAUGGGCAGGCGCGACUACGACGUCCUGGCCGGCCGCUGGACGACCCCCAACCACGACGUCUGGAAGCGGCUCAACAGCAACCACAUUGUGCCGUUCAACCUGUACAUGUUCAAGAACAACAACCCCCUCACAAACACCAAGGAGAUCAAGUGCUACAUGACUGAUGUGAACAGCUGGUUGGUGACCUUCGGCUUCCAGCUUUACAAUGUCAUCCCCGGCUACCGGAAACCGAGCACAGAGGCCAUGGAGCCGUCCUACGAGUUGGUCAGCACCCAGAUCAAGACUCAGGAGUGGGACAGCACCAAGUCUGUGCUGGGCGUUCAGUGUGAGGUUCAGAGGCAGCUGAAGGCCUUCGUGAAGCUGGAGCGUUUCGGCCAGAUCUACAGAGCCAAGAGCGCCGGGUGUCCUCAGACGGAGGACAGGAAGGUCUUUGCCUCCGGCGGCUCCAUCUUCGGGAAGGGGGUGAAGUUCGCCAUCCGGGAGGGCCGCAUCAGCACCGACAUCAUCAGCCUGGCCAACGAGGACGGGCGCCGCAUGGCCGCAGUCCUGAACGACGCCUUCUACCUGGAAAACCUCCACUUCACCAUCGCCGGCAUGGACUCCCACUACUUCGUGAAGCUGAGCUCGGUGGAGGGGGACCUGACGCUCAUCGGCAUGUCGGUGGGCCGGCGCACGCUGGAGACGGGCGUCAACGUGACGGUGUCGCAGGUCAACGCGGUGCUGAACGGCAGGACUAGGCGCAUCACGGACAUCCAGCUGCAGUACGGCGCGCUGGUGCUGAACACGCGCUACGGCAGCAGCGUGGACGAGGAGAAGGCCCGCGUGCUGGAGCUGGCGCGGCAGCGGGCCGUGGCCCAGGCCUGGGCGCGCGAGCGCCAGAGACUGAGGGACGGGGAGGAGGGCUCCCGGACCUGGACCGAGGGCGAGAAGCAGCAGCUGCUGGGCUCGGGGAAGGUGCAGGGCUACGACGGGUACUACGUGGUGUCGGUGGACCAGUAUCCCGAGCUGGCAGACAGUGUCAACAACAUUCACUUCAUGAGACAGAGUGAAAUGGGCCGAAGGUGACAUGAACACGAUGCUCUGGAGUGACGGACUCAGAUGUGGGACACGGGACUUCUUGCCAAAGACAGUUGUGUACAUGACCACUUCUUUUUUCAGUUUCUCUUCUUUUUUUUAUUUUAAUUUUGUGCUCAACUUGGUUUUUAAUAUGCUGUAAAAAGAAAGAAAAAAAAAACAUGGUUGCAAUCAGUUGCACUGUAUUAAUAGAAGAGUGCCCUUCUCGUUCUGAAGAUUCUUUACCAGUCUUUGCCCUCCAAGUGCGGCUGCUAGAGGAUGAACAUUUGCGAUGUCUGUGACUUAUUUUCGUGACUCCGUUUCCUCGUCCCUGUUGGUGAUCCUGUUCAAAGGAAUCCAGGAGGAGUAUUGGUAAUGCAUUACGUUCACCGGCUCACUCCACUGUCAGACUCGCAGAUUGUUAUUCACAAGCUUGCUCCAUUCUGCCUUUUGCUGCGCCUCAGCCAAGGAGAUUCCUUCUCUUUUAAUCACGUCUUUUUUAUACUUGAAACCCUCAUAGCCUCAGCCAUCCAUAAAUAAUGAGAGAGCGAGUUCUGUUGGCGGUAGAGCCCUUCAUCAAAACCCGAGCCCAACCUGUCAGAGCACCUUCAUUUGUGUGAUGCCGUGUAAUUUUUGUGCGCGGAGGCUCGAUGCUCAUCCGCGGUCCUAGCGUAGAAGGCGUCCGUGCACCGUGACCACCGUGCAUGACGGUGGCCUUUUUAACGAACGACGAAAUUAGCAAACUGCUUAGUCAGCUUAAAUGUACGGUAACGCCAACGAAGGGGGAUGAGGUCACUCUUUAUUUCCUAGGUAUUUUAUUUCUCGUUUCAAGGAAGAAGAUGAAAACACAAGUAAUUGUUCUCUGCUCCUUUUUAUUUGACUGUGGUCGAACAACUCGAUGAUGAAAAUAGUGAAGAUCCAACCCUGUAAGAAAAUACUGUGGAAUUAAUGUCUGUAUUAAACAAAAGGUAUUUUACAGGAAUGGUUUUGAAUUACAUUUUAGUUUUGUUUUAUAAAUAGCUAUAUGAAUUAACAGUAUAACAAAUGUGAAUUUAAAAAAUGUGAACUAUUGUCCCUUUUAUUGUUAAUUGUUGUACAUGAACAAUACUUAAGGGUGUUUCAACACAUGGAAUAAACUAUGAAAGGUGGUUUAGUUAAAGCAAAUACUGUGUUUUUUAUUAGACCAACUCCAUUUUGCUGAAUUUUCAUAUGAAAGGCAGUGUUUAUUUAUGGGUGAGCCUGCGUCAGUAUCCUGACCACAGUGUGCAGUCAGAUAAAGCUCGGGAUGAAAAUGUUUUUUAAAAAGUGGGACUACAAAGAUUAAAGCGAGCCGCCGCACCGCUGAUACGUACCGCAUUAACAUACUGGCUGCUGAGACAGAUAAGUGGGCUUCGUAUUGUGUCGUGGGUGGAAUGAAAGAUACAAAUUGCCUUUGCCCUCAGGGCCGCCCGCAGGUCAGCGCUGAAAGUGCUUUCGUUCUGCAGAACUGGGCCCCGCUCGGUCCCGUGGCUGCUGGCAGAGAUGCAUUAGACCUGCAGGUGUUCUGCUUCCCGUUUACAGACUAAAGGUCGUGCGUUCAUGCCAACCUUGGAACGAACCCACGCGGACGCGCCCCCCCCCCCCCCCCCCCCUCCGCAAAGGACCGUUCACAUCGGCACGUCUGAAAAUUCCGUUGCUCCAGAGGAGUCGUGACUUUUUUGGGAGACUGAGACACUGAUCCAGUUUCCGGUACUUUCUGAACUAUGCCAAGCCACAGCGAACUCUGGAAUCGCUCAUAGUUUAACCAUCAGACAUAUGAACCUGUGUGUGUGGGGGGGGGGGGAGUGGUGGGAGCAUGUCCGAGUGUCUGUGCAAAUGUCAAAGCAAACAGUGCAGUUACUUUUUCCGCUGUUGGUUGAUUCAGUGAUGUUUUGUUUCUUAAAAAAAAUACUGUAUGUUCAACAUAAUAUGAAUGAAGGAUAUUUGCAUUGUGGAAAAUUGCACUGAGAACCGUUGCGUCAUAAGACUGUAUCUUUUUCUAAGGUUUUGGACUCAUUUCGAGUUUUGGUUUGUUCUUAACACUGUGUUUUUAGCGCUUCUCUUUGACCAUGUAAAUACGAAGGCAUCAAAGUAAGCUGUAAAUAAAAUGCAAAUGUAGAUACCUCAUAGAGCUACAUCAGUGACCCUGUGUAGUUAGACAGGUAGAAAAAAAAAUAAAGGGAAUAUUUUGUGUUUA